AUGCUCGCCGAGGAGUACCACUGUAUAGUGAGGCGGAAGAUCGAGGACAUCCUUCUCAGGAGCGGCUUCAUUUGCAGCUGCUUCCCCAGCGUGGACGGCGACGAGACUUUCUUGAAGAUCUACCUGGAUCCCGACGGUGACGUGGUCCGCGCGCUGGCCGAGCAAUUCGAGUACAACGUACGCCUGAGCAAGGCCUGCUACCAGUCCACCAAGCGGAUCACCAACGUCGAGGGUUCCUUGUGUUUCGCCUACACUCCGUUCACCAUGGACUUGUACCGGCGCGGCAAGCUGCAGCCCUUCCGUCGAGUGGACGUGAUCCGCAUCGCCCGCCGGCAUCUAUCCAGCCUCAUCGACUUGGAGGAGUUGUACGAGCAGGGAUUCAUCUCGACGCACUUCGCGGUGGCAACGUCGGAGGAGCAGAGUAGCCUCAAGGCGCACUGGACGCACCCGCUGAGGUUCCGCAGGGCGCUCCUGCCCCAGCAGGUCGGAGACUACUUCGGGGAGAAGGUCGGCUUCUUCUUUCACUUCUUCGCCUUCUUCGUCAGGGCUAUCGCCAUUCUGGGCGCACUCGCGUUCUGCUUCUUCUGCUUGUUCAACUUCGUGAAUCUCGACCGAUUUCAGGAGAAUCGCUGCAGGAUGGUACUUGGUGCGGUGGUUGUCUUCUGGGCCCUCCUCUUCGAGGUCCGCUUUAAUCGCAGCAGCUCAAGGUUGGCGCAGUUGUGGGGCAUGAGCGCCUGGAAUGUAGAACGCCUGAUGGCAAGCAGAGACAGCAACUUGAAGACGUUUGACGAGAAGCUGGUCGGCAGGUCCAGGGAGCGCUUCGGCAACGUCGCGGCGGCCUUCUGUACGGUGUCGUACUGCACCAUGUUCAUCAUCGGCGUCGCUGCCAUGAAGAUGAAUGCGAGUGUAUUGGGCCAGGGUGCUAUGGACUGGGCAAUUUCCCUUGUGGUAAUGGUAGCGAAGUGGCUGUGGGGUAAAAUUGCACCUGUUCUCACUCGGUGGGAGAACCACAAGACGCAGCAGCGCUUCGACGAUGAGCUCUUUCUCAGGUUGGCGACCUUCAAGACUUUCUUCGUUCUCUGGCCUGCGUUGAGCAUAUUCUUGUUCGACAAGAUCACGAUGGCCUACUGCGGAGACAGCUUCCUGGCGGCGGUGGAGGCAGCGUACGGGCCCCUGUCUGAGCAGGGUCGCGCCGACGGGUACGUCCAGUGGCCUCAGGGACCGCACGCUGGAGAGGCGGGCAUGCUCAACGAGUCCACCUUCGAGGAGAAGCUGAGCAUGUACUCGCUGACUAGUGCCGAGAUCGCCUUUCGGGAUCUGUCCUUGGAUAGGCUCUUGCAUGAGGACAAGUACAGUGGGGAUGAAGCUUGCCUGGCCUUUUGUCUUCCGCUGACGGAGUGCUACCAGGUUCCUUCUCGCAGAUCUGCUGUGGAUUGUCUGACGAAUUGUCAUGCUGACCUUCAUAGUAUGAUCGUCGCUCAGUUCGUCACGCACGUUGCUGUGACACUAGCGCUUCUACUAUAUCCCAUGGCUCGAGUUGAGUACGAUAUCAAACAAGAGGUCUCAGCGGCAGCACAACAUGUACAGAAGGGCGGCGCAUCGCCUACUGAGGUUGGGUAUAGCGUCUUACAGGUGCAAGCGAAGUGCCAUCUGUAUGCCAAAUAUGAGUACCAAUCGUUUGGAGGGUCUUUUGUAGAGGACACCAUGGAACUGAUUCUUGGUUUCGUGUAUAUAUCGGUCUUCGGAAUGGUGAGCCCCGCAAUGGUCGUGAUCGCGGCCGCUGUGACGAUGGUUGAAUACAAACUGCUCCAGACGCGCAUGAUUUUCGUCACGGGCCGUCCGUACCCCGAGAUAGCUGCCGACAUUGGCAGCAGCAAGAAGAUGAUUGUGUUGAUCGGAACCGUCGGGGUCUUCAUUAACGGCUACCUCCUGGCGUUCGUCAUGGGCCCGGCGCGGUCACGGACUUUCAACCAGAAGUUUACAAUCUUCCUGUGCUUCGGCGCCGGCAGCCUGUUCCUGCGCACGAUGCUGCACAACGUGCUGGCCGGCGACCCUCGGGACGUGCGCAGGAUAGACGACCACAACAAUGACGUGCUGGCGAAGCUCCGGCCCGUCGAGAUCGGCAUGGAGUUCGUGCAGGGCAAGCACGGCGUCCGCGUCGACCUUGGACUCUGA